AUGUCUCUCAUCCGCCAGUUCUACAAUUUUACCCACAACACUGCGGGGCUGGCGAAGAUUUUUCGUCUAAUCCAAGCUAUCUCCCAGAUCGUCAUCGAAUUCACCGUUGACGAUGUCUCCGCAUCGCGAUGGGCGAUCGCGAAGUCGCAAUUGGCGUUAAGCAGACGAUACUUGAGCUUCUUCGAGGUAAUCGAUUCCUUUGAUCGCGUUGCUGCCCUCCUCAGCGGCGAGACGAGCGGACACGGGAUCGUAUGGAUGCUAGUUGACCUAGCACGAUGGAGCUGUCUGGGGACGUAUCUCCUGCUAGAAGAUCUGACUAUCCUCCAUAUAAUGAACGUCUACCCAGUAAGUUGGAAUGGACCCGUCCUUGAACAAGCGUACAAAUUUCGGUUCUACGCACUGGCACUCUCCGUUUUCGGCGCGACGUGGGGUCUUAUAUUUUGCUCGAGUGGACCUUCGAAGGCAAGCAUGCCAAAGGAUGAGAGACAGGGUACGAAAAAGGUCAAAUCAUCGGGCAAAAAGUCGGUUUUUCAAUCGACUUCCCGGACCGCUGUGACUUCAACUCUCGUUAAGCGUAUUAUUGUUGAUAGCUGUGAUUUGUUGAUUCCUGGGUCUAUCCUGGGAUGGAUUGCGGUGAGCGAUUUGGGGGUGGCGGUGGCAAUGUUGUUUAGUACAGUUGUCUCGGGGAAGGAC